AGUCCUACCAUACUUAAUCGCCGCCUCGCCCGCCCUUAACCUGCGUCGCGCCCACCUGUAACCACCCGCAAAGCUAACUCAUUAAGAAAGCAAGGCUACUAAUCACGCACGCUCCCUGCUAGUCCGACCCUGCUGCGAGCAGCUAGCUGACCGUGCGAUCGCUUGCCUGGGCCAGCGCCCGGCGGCCGGGCCAGCCUGCAGCGUGCGGUGCGAGCGGAUGGAGGCGCUGCCGUCGCCCGCGUCGCCGCCGUCGUCGCUGAGCGCGCUGCGGCACAGGCUGCGCGCAUCGGUGUGCUGCUGCUUCGGCAGCGGCGGCGGCCUCGGCGAGCGGAUGCGGUGGCGCCGGCGCGCGGGCGUCGGGGAGUUCCGGUACGACCCGCUCAGCUACGCGCUCAACUUCGACGAGGGCGACCUCGACGCCGACGACGAGGACUUGUUCGAAGCUGCCCACGCCGGGCGCGGCGACGGCUUGCUCUACCAGAGCUUCUCGUCGCGGCUGUCCACGCCUGCGGCGGCUAUCGAGGUCGCGUAGCUGAGGUCAUGGAUUUUACUACUGUUACUGAAUCAGUGUGCAGAUGUUUGCGUUCGUCGAUCAGAUUUUGCUGUAUUUGUACAUGCAUGCGUUCCAGAAUUGAGAGUAGCGGAUACUAGGUCGAUCAAGAAUUGGAAUUCUUGGAGUUACUGUGUAAAGAUUUAGCUCUAUGGAUCAUUAAUUCGUGCGUACUAUUGGCGGUUUUGGAAGAAUUUGGCAGGAAAAUUCCCCUUUUCAAA